AUGUCUUACGAUCUUAAUCUAAAAUGCGCAGAUCCUAAAAAUACUGCACUUGAUUUUAGAUAUAUUUCUCUUUUAACAAGUUGUAUUUAAGAUGAUUAUACUUGUGUUGCUUUGAAUCAAGAUCAUAAUGAUAUGAAUACUUAAAUUAAACCUUGCUCAAUCUAAUUAGUUUCAAAUUAAACUCUGCAACAAAGCGUCGAGAAGUCAAUGAAUAUGUAAAAAGAUUUACCAAAUGUCUCAAAAUUUGAACAAUUAAAAAGGAUUACUCUAGAAAUAAAUGAUGGAAAGUAUCUUCCAUAACUCAAAUCAAAUACAGCUUUAGCUACCUACGAUAUUAUAGCUAUUAAAACUAGAAACGAAAAAGUUUUUCACUCACUUUGCAUAGAUUAUGAUGAUUAUGAUAUAUUGUGCUUUGAUAUGAGUGAGAGACUUCCCUUUAUCCCUAAAAGAGGGUGGAUUUAGGAAGCUGUUAGAAAAGGGAUAUCUUUUGAAAUAUGUUAUUCAGAAGCUAUAGAAGAUCCAGCAAAAAAGAGAACAGUUUUAGCAAAUUGCAUCAACAUUGUAAAAAUGACUAAAGGAAAGAACAUUAUUUUUUCAAGCUCUUGUUCCUCAGACUUUGAUCAUCGUUCUCCUUUUGAUAUAAUAAUGCUUGGAACUUUAAUAGGACUUACUAGAGAUUAAACUCAUGAUGCUUUGAAAAAGUUUCCCUCCAAUUGCAUUAAAAGAUCAAGAUAUCGUAAAACUUAUGAAGGAACUAUAAGUCAUGCAAGCAAAAAUGAUAUGGAAGAAUUCAAAAAAAAGAAUGAAGCUUAAAUUGAAAGAAUUUAAAAAAAGGUGAAAAAAAAUGAAGAAAUAUCAUAAUAAAUAUAGUCAAGUGCAGAUAAAAAUAAUUUAAAACUUAAACUACUAGAAAGAAAUAAGAAAAUUUCAGUAAUGGAAAAUAAGAGCAAUAUACUCUUUGACAAAGAAUCAUAAAAAAUAGAUUUUGAUCCUAACCAAAAUGUUUUUUUAAAUCCAAAAAGAGUAAAAUAUCCUACCAACCCAAAUAAUUAAAAAGAGAGCAACUAAAUGUAGAUUGAAGAAGAAAAGAAAAAUUAACCUACAGACAUCAAAUAAAACAAUAGCAACAAUAAUAAUAAUACUUCAGUCUAAGAAAAUAAAGAAGAAUAAAAACCAAAACUUUUAAGUUUUAGUAUUACAAAUUGA